CUAUAUCUCCCUUUGUCAAGUCUUCGUUCCGCUCACCAUCAAAAUACAUGUCUUCUAGCCACUCUUGCAAUGCGGGUCCUGAGAUUUCGGCGGCAGCUUUGUCAUCCAUCGUCUUCCAUAAGUCUUGCCAUCUCUCAGGUAGAGCAUCAGUUGCCAUCUCUCGCAUUUGACCGACGAGGAUCGUGGGUGUUAUCAAGAAGCUGUCGAAGGGCGGCUGACCGACGAAAAGCUCAAAGAGCUAACAAGCCUGUCAGUAUUGUUUUAAAUAACUUUUAG